CACCACCCGCCGCCACCCGCCGCCGCCGGGGGCCGCUAACGGUCCCGCGCCACCUCGGCCCCGCGCGGCGGCCAGGGCCCCCCACCCGGAGGACGCGGCCCGGCGGCCCAGGCGGCCGGCGGCCAUGGAGGCGCUGCGCUCCGAGCUGUGGGUGAAGCAGCAGCGCUGCGUGGUGAGCCUGGAGCCCGCGCGGGCGCUGCUGCGCUGGUGGCGGAGCCCCGGGCCCGGCGCCGACGGCCCCGGCGCGGAUGCCUGCUCCCUGCCCAUCGCUGAGGUCAUCGCCGUGGAGGAAGCGGAUGUCCACGGCAAGCACUACACCAGCGGGAAAUGGCAGAAAAUGGAAAGGCCGCACGCGUUUACAGUGCACUGUGUGAAGAGAGCACGGCGUCACCGCUGGAAGUGGGCGCAGGUCACGUUCUGGUGCACAGACGAGCCGCUCUGCCACACGUGGCUGCAGGCCCUCAGGGAGCUGCUCGAGAAGCUGACAUCUCGACCAAAGCAUUUACUUGUGUUUAUCAAUCCCCUUUCGGGAAAAGGACAAGGCAAGCGGAUAUAUGAAAGAAAAGUGGCACCGUUAUUCACCUUAGCCUCCAUCACUACGGAAAUAAUUGUUACUGAACGUGCUAAUCAUGCCAAGGAGAGUUUAUAUGAGAUUAAUAUAGACAAAUAUGAUGGGGUCGUCUGUGUCGGCGGGGACGGCAUGUUCAGCGAGGUCCUGCACGGCCUGAUCGGGCGCACCCAGCGCAGCGCCGGUGUCAACCAGAACCAGCCCCGCGCCCCGCUGGUCCCGAGUGCCCUGCGCAUCGGCAUCAUCCCCGCAGGGUCAACAGACUGUGUGUGCUACUCGACAGUCGGCACGAACGAUGCGGAGACCUCGGCUUUACACAUCGUCGUCGGCGACUCUCUGUCCAUGGACGUGUCCUCUGUGCAUCACGGCGGCACGCUGCUGCGCUACUCGGUGUCCUUGCUGGGCUACGGCUUCUACGGGGACCUCAUCAAGGACAGCGAGAAGAAGCGGUGGAUGGGCCUCAUCAGAUACGACUUUUCAGGCGUGAAGACCUUCCUCUCCCACCACUGCUACGAAGGGACAGUGUCCUUCCUGCCGGCGCAGCACACGGUGGGGUCUCCGAGGGACAGGAAGCCCUGCCGGGCAGGGUGCUUUGUUUGCAGGCAAAGCAAGCAACAGCUGGAGGAGGAGCAGAAGAAAUCAUUAUAUGGUUUAGAAAACUCUGAGGAGGUGGAGGAGUGGAAGGUGGUCUGUGGGAAGUUCCUGGCCAUCAACGCCACCAACAUGUCCUGCGCCUGCCCCCGGAGCCCCAGGGGCCUGUCCCCGGCCGCACACCUGGGGGACGGGUCGUCCGACCUCGUCCUCAUCCGGAAGUGCUCCAGGUUCAACUUCCUGCGGUUUCUCGUCAGACACACCAACCAGCACGACCAGUUUGACUUCACAUUUGUUGAAGUUUAUCGCGUCAAGAGGUUCCAGUUCAGGUCCAAGUCUCUGGACGACGAGGACAGCGACCUGCAGGACGCGGGGAAGCAGCGGCUGGGGCACGUCUGCAGCGACCGCCCGCCCUGCUGCUGCCCGGCUCCCAACAGCUCCUGGAACUGCGACGGGGAGGUGCUCAGCAGCAGUGCCAUCGAGGUCAGGGUCCACUGCCAGCUGGUCCGACUCUUCGCUCGAGGAAUUGAAGAGAAUCUGAAGCAGGAACCCCUCGGCUGAGACGGCUCUGCCCGUGGACCACCUGCUCGCCGCGCUUGGGCAGCAUGAACGUUAUUUAAGACAAUUAUCGCAGACCAAUUAUGUUGAUGUAUACAUUCAAAUUUAGAAAUUUAUUUUUGAUAGUUAAAUCUGGGUUUUAGAAAAAGUAUCUUUUGUCAACAACUUUGUGUACAUCUUUGGCAUUUUAAGUUCUAUGUGAAUCUUUGGACGGCAUUUCACAACCAACAACUUUUGGAGGCUCUGGCUUUGUGGAUUUUAACCACGCCAGCAGGCGGGUUUUCAGACUCCCAGUUUAGCGGCUCUAUUGCAGUACUUUUAGGAACAUUAUCAAAUGAGUAGUUUCCACUGGAGUUGCACCCUUUGGACAUGACGUAGCUGCCAGCUCGCUCCAAUCUGCUUUGCAAGACUUAGUCUGUAGUGGUUCGUGAAUGAGUGUUGGGAAGUCGUGGAUCCUCUGCCUGUUUCGCCUUCCUCAUGUUCCUGUGGGAAGGCUCUGGGCUCCUCGCUGUUCUGUGCAGCCACAGUGCGAGGCCGCCCUGCUCCGGGUAGACUUUGAGAGCGGGGCCGUUUUGGCGAGAAGAGCACCGAGCCUAGCAGGUCUUUAUCUCUGAGGUGCAGCUCCUGCCCGCAGCCCGCAGUGUCCUGAGACAACCUGCCACUGGCAGGGCUGCGGGGUAGUUUGUCCCGUCGACGGGUGUUGGUUGGCAGGAGCCCUGAAAACAGGCUGAGGGGCUGUUUGUCGAGCAUUGGCAAGUUUUACUGUUUUUAGUUUUAGUUUAAACUAUGGAUACUUUGUAUCAACACAAAGUAGAUACUGUAGCUAGGCUGUUUGGAGGAAUGGAGAGCAGCUGGCAUUCAAUAGGUAAAAAAUUCACUCUAGAAAUGCUGUUAAUUUCCCAACCAAACACGUGAGCCCCCCACCCCGCCCCCAGCGGCCACUCUUCACGUCCAGGCUGGUGGCCCAAUGCAGGCUCCGGGGCCUGCACAGAUGUGUUUCUUGUCUUCAUCUUAUUUCUACGUAUUUAUUGAACGUCUUGUCGUUUUAAACCAGAAUCAGACGAAUGGUGUCUUUGUUGUUUGUGUCCUUCUCUACCCUGAGAGCACGUGUUCAGUUCCUGCUGGAGCACUGGAGCAGACCACACCAGAGGGCUUUCCCCGAAGGCAUUCCUACCCCAAUCCCGUCGUUUCUAAGUUGUCAGUUACAGGGUUCUCUUAUUUUUAUUCAUAUUCAUGAAUCUGAUAAAAUGUAUUUGAAAUACAGAAGAUGCAGCUUAAACUUUCGUGUGCAGUGAGAGGAAACACGUGGCUUGGCUGUCACAGAAGCUGCUUUAGGAGCCACUGCAGGGUCCCAAGGAGCGGGGCUUCCCAGGGUUCAGGUAGCCCUUUAAGGGUUAACGGACAUCCUCUAAUUUGGAAUUCUCAGAACAAUUUAAUACCUUGAAGUUUACAUGAACUUUCCUAUUUCACCAUCUGGUCCACCCGAGAGAGUGGCUUUAAUGGGUUUUUCUUGGGCCACGUCACCAGCGGCGACUGGAGGCGCCAGGUGGUGUGACGACUGGCAGCUGAACAGGUGUGCCUGGGGAGACGGGUCCGGGCCCGGCUGCCUCCUCCUCAGCGCUGCGCCCCUGGGGUGAGGCCAGCCCCUCUCUGAGCGUUGUGCGGCCCGGGAGCGCCGGCAGGGGCUGUGCUCAGAGUGGAGUCCGCGGGAGGCCGAGCAGGUCCCAAGCCCAGGGCCGUCACGGGGCCACAGGGCAGGGUCCUGGGGACGUGGUGAUGCCCACGACUUUGUACAACAUCACGAGGGUCCCCCAGGAAACCCUUCAGAGUCGUCACUGACCCUGAUAAAUUUUUCCAGCUUCCUGGUGUGCCCUAAAGUUCAGAGAAUCGGCCCAGGCUGGAAGAGUGGGCACUUCACUCCCUGCUGCCAGUGUCGGUGGCGUUGGUGACGUUUCCCAGCCGCCCGCUGGCAUUCAAAAUGGCAGGCCUGGGGGCUGCUCUUGGGGUACCGAGUGACCCCAGCUAUCCAGACACCCCGAGAAUCUGUCCACAGGAUGGGAAAUAACCCUCAGACAGUCCCUCAUAAAAGGUUCUGGUUCUCACAAAGCCUUUUAGAGGGAACAGCCCCAACCCCAGGACUUUGGUGUUUUAAGAAAGAAAAAAAUAAUCAGAAACAAAUGAUGGUUAGAUAGUGAAAACUUAGGAUCAUUUAAAAGAGUUUAUGUUUUAACUUCCUUUGUGGCUCAUUGGUGAAAAAAAAAAAAGGCAGUAGUCACGCUCUGUAGCUCAUUCUUGCUUAUUCUGAUGAAGAGUUGAGUGGUGGACGCUGCACCUGCUUCUCAAUCGGCAAAAUUUUGACUUUGCUCCUUCAAACAAUCCUGUGUGGCCAGGGAGUACUGAUGGAAAGGAUUGUUCAAUUCUCUGUCUAGUCUUGCUGGUUUCAAGAUUAGAAAAUGGAAUAUUUGAUCUGAUAUGUUUGAAAAGACAAAAAUAAAGUUACUUUGAGCAGAA